AUGAACGUCGUCUGGCUCAAGCGCGACGUGCGGCUUCAUGACCACGAGCCGCUGGCGCUCUCGCCGCCGCUCUGCCAGAGCCGCUGCUUCUCCUCUACGGUGCGCACCAUCGCCAGCGGCGAUGGUGGCGGCCUUACCCUCCGCUUGGGCGACGCUGUCGAUGUGCUGGCUGCGCUGCACGCGUUGCUACCAAUCAAGCGCCUCUUGAGCCACCGUGAGGUGGGGAACGCAUUCUCUCGCGCACGCAAUGCACGCGUGUCCGAGUGGGCCGACGCUCAUGGCGUGUCGUGGACACAAUGCGCGCAGGACGGCGUGAGCGACGUGCGGCACUCUGAGCUCGGUUCAGGUCUUAAAAAUCCGGCGCUCAGAACCCUAGUCUACUAG